CGCGACAUCAAGAAAUAGCCCGAAUGCUGGUUUUCAUCACAUGGCCAGAAUGAUGGAUCGAAUGAUGACAGAAAGCUUGCACCCAUUCGGUUUCGCUCGCAUGUCAGCCAGGCAAAAAAGUGAUAAAAAAGAAGACCCACCACGAGACGGCUUGAAGACUGAAAGAAGCGACACGAGAAGAGAACGAGUGAGAAAUCCUCAAACUCACGCUGGUAAUGGUACAAAGCAUCCACCUACUCAAGUUGUGCGACCGACACCAAUUAACAACUUUCAUGGAAGUCCGCCAGAGCAGACCAAACAGCCAGAUCCGACAACGGAAAAAUGGGCUGGCACACUACGCAAGCGAGAUCCGGAUAUCCAACCGUCAUUGCCCUCAAUCGUGAGUCGAAAGACAUCAUCAAGUUCAUUGAGUGGCAAAAAGACACGUUCACUAGAAAGAGUUCCAAGAAUAAGGCGACAGCUGUUACCAAUCAGACCAACACGUAAACCUGAUCUCACUACAUCUGACGGUGAUGCAUUACUAGAAAGAGAUGAAAAGAUGUUUGAUGCAACAGGAUAUGAGCUACACUUGGUGGAGACUUUAGAAAGAGAUAUUCUCCAGAAGAAUCCUGCAGUCCGAUGGAAAGACGUAAUCGGUUUGGAAGACGCUAAGUCCGUUUUACAAGAAGCAAUGGUGCUACCGCUGGUUAUGCCUGAAUAUUUUAAGGGUAUUCGACGCCCUUGGAAGGGUGUACUGUUGACAGGACCACCAGGAACAGGGAAGACGCUCUUGGCACGAGCGGUCGCUACGGAAUGUCGCACCACUUUCUUUAAUGUAUCCUCGGCCACCCUCACUUCCAAAUAUCGUGGUGAUUCGGAAAAACUCGUGCGAUUGCUGUUUGAUAUGGCAAGUUUCUAUUCACCGAGUACAAUAUUUCUGGACGAAGUGGACUCACUGUGUGCGAUGAGAGGAGCCGAUUCCGAACACGAGGCCUCGAGACGAUUCAAAGCCGAGCUUCUAAUACAAAUGGAUGGAAUAGCAGCUGCGUUCAACCAGGACAAGGUAGUUAUGGUUUUGGCGGCAACUAACCAUCCCUGGGACAUCGACGAAGCAUUCAGGCGAAGAUUUGAAAAGAGGAUAUACGUGGGGCUACCAGAUGAAUCAACUCGAGUAAAAUUGUUGAAGCUUUGUCUCCGCGAGGUGGCGCUAGCGGACGACGUCAAGCUUCCCGAGCUCGCUGUCAAACUAGAUGGUUACAGUGGAUCAGACAUUUGCAACCUUUGCAGGGAUGCAGCAAUGAUGACAAUGCGCAGGAAAAUCUCCGGCAAAAGUCCAGAACAGAUUCGUCGCUUGAAGCGCUCUGAGCUCGAAGCUCCUGUCUCUAUGCUGGACUUGGAGUCAGCAGCUGACAAGACGAAGCGCACGGUCACGCAAGCUGACGUGACGCGCUACAACACUUGGAUACAGAAAUAUGGUUGCUCCUAGCGACGAGCCAAAGCGCUUAAAGCGCUAUUUAGUUGCUUGAGAAAUUGACUUUUUCAUAAUUAUAAUAUGUUUUGUCGGCAAAGGUCGCGAAAGUGAAACGGACAUUGGUGAUUAAUAUCAUAAUUCAUUUUAAAUUUACAAAUAAGGUGUGGAGUUUUAUAUUACAGAUAUUAAUCUAGCAAAUACUAAUUUAGAAUCUCUUUAAAUUAACAUUAACAUGUGUAUUACUUAUAAUAAUGUACUAUUGCAUUUCAAAAGUAUUUUAGCCUCAUUAUUUUAAUUAACUAAUUUUAAACAGAAAUGUGAUCCAGAAAUAUGCUCGAACUUGUUGAUACUAUGGAACUAAGCAGAUUGAAUUGCAAAUUGUUUGUAGAAUAAUAAUUAAAUUUUACCGGAAUUUUGUAGCAAUAAGUUCCGAGAUUAAUAUAAUAUUUAUCUUGGUAUACUGUAACGGCCUUACGAAUAAACUUGGUAUUAAGAUACCUGAUAAUAAACCAAGAAUAUGCAAAAUGUUUACAAAAAGAUAUUUUGCUAUUGAAUGGUUUAUUUGGACAUAUAACGUUUCCCGCGUUUUUUUGCAAAUCUGCUUGACAUUCGAAAACUUCAGAAAUAUUUUUUUUUUUUAUUUAUUGGCGCGUGAUGCAAUUUCAUAGGCCAAAGAAAUAUCAUUGUAUUGACAGUGUUGUCAGUGAUAUAGUCAACAUUUUGCAUAUUAUUGGAUUAUUCUCAGGUAGAAAUUAAUACCAAAUUUAUUUGUAAGGAUGUAUUACAAUUGUAAAUUUGCUUUUUGUUAGUUAUCUAUCAAAGCUGCCUACAUUUUAUAAUAUAAAGGAUGGGAAGUUAAGAUAUUGUUAUAAAACAUAAUUUCUAACCUAAUUUUAGGUAAUAUUCAUAAAUUUUUGUAAAAGGCUCAAUAAAAAGGCAUUGUAUCAGAAUUUAUUUUAUUUAUCACGAUAUGUGUAAGGCCUCAAAUUGGUCCAAUAAUAUUAUAAUAAUUAUAUAAACUGAAGACUAUAUUGGUGUUUAAUAUAACAUUUUAAUGCUUACAAAAACAUAUGAUUUCAAUUUUCAUUACUUAGAUAACUUAUACGUCUAGAUAGUCUCUUGUUUGUAGACAACCGCUAAAUACAGGCCAGGAACAUUAGUUUAGUGUGCGUGACAUGCUACGUCUUACACUCGCGAUUUGUAUUAAAUUUUGUAUCAGUGUGCGUGAAUUGCUCAAAAUAGAGGUAAGUUCUUAAUUCAAUUUUUUUCGCAGCUGUCAUAGUCUAUCUAGACGUAUAAAUGAUUUAAGUUCAUAAGUGUAAGAUGUAAGCUGACAAUAACUAUGAACAAAGCUUAUUUGAAUAUAAAUUGAAUUCAAUAUAUCUAAAUUCAGGUUACGAUAAAAAUAUGUAAAUAGGGUUAUCUCCACAGGUAUCUACUGCGCUACUUCUGUUAAAAAU